AUGAAAAAUGCUGAUAGGGUUGUACGAAGAAAAUUUCAGAGGAGCAUUUCGGAGGAUCAAUUCGAAAAGGAAAAACAACUGAGUGAAAAUGUUAAUCGUAGCAGAGAAGAAAUCCGCGCCAUCUUAUCAGCCCGAAAUUAUCCGUCACCCAGAGAGUUGCUGUCGUUGAUGUGUACAUCACCUACGCAGCCAUCAAGCACGUGUAUUGCGCCAGAAAAAAUUGGGAACUAUCGAAGUGUUAUCACUAGUAGAACUGAUAUGCAUACAUUGUCGAAAAAGCAUUCAAGUAGUAUGAAUUCAAGUGAAUCGGCUAGCACUGCAAAGAAAUUAAACACUAUAAUUGACAAAUUUAAAACGUCAUUUGUCAGAAGCGGUAUGAAUUCGAAAUCAGCGACAACAAAAUCUUUUUCACGAUCAGAAUCUGAAAACUUUCUUAAGCCGAGAAAUUAA